GCGGGGGCGGCGCCCCGCCCCCUCUUCUUCCAAGCUCGUCUAGCGUGUGCCGGUCGCCUUCACUGAUUCUUGAGCGACCGUGAGCGAGAGGGUGAUACCAUGUCCCUGGAGGCGAUUCGCUACUCUCGGGGCUCGCUGGAGAUCCUCGACCAGCUGCUCCUGCCCCAGCACAGCCGCUACGAGGCAGUGGGCUCGGUGCGCCAGGCCUGGGAGGCCAUCCGCGCCAUGAAGGUGCGCGGCGCCCCGGCCAUCGCGCUCGUGGGCUGCCUCAGCCUCGCCGUGGAGCUGCAGGCGGGCGCGGGGGGACCGGGACUCGCCGCGCUGGUGGCUUUCGUGCGCGACGCGCUGGGCUUCCUGGUUACCGCCCGGCCCACCGCCGUCAACAUGGCCCGUGCUGCCCGCCACCUGGUCGAGACCGCAGCCCUGGAGGCUGAACGCGAGGGCGCCACGGAGGAGGCGGUCCGGGAGAGAGUGAUCCGCUGUGCCGAGGACAUGCUGGAGAAAGACCUCAAGGACAAUCGGAGCAUCGGGGACCUAGGAGCCCGCCAUCUCCUGGAGCGGGCAGCUCCUGGGGGUGGCAAGGUGACCGUGCUGACCCACUGUAACACUGGCGCACUGGCCACUGCUGGCUAUGGCACAGCUCUGGGUGUGAUCCGCUCACUGCAUGCCCUGGGCCGUCUGGAUCAUGCCUUCUGCACAGAGACCCGGCCCUACAACCAGGGAGCCCGGUUGACUGCCUUCGAGCUGGUGUACGAGCAGAUCCCCGCCACCCUCAUUGCCGACAGCAUGGCAGCAGCAGCCAUGGCCCACCGGGGCGUGUCAGCUGUCGUCGUGGGAGCCGACCGGGUGGUUGCCAACGGUGACACGGCCAACAAGGUGGGCACCUACCAGCUGGCCAUCGCUGCCAAGCACCACGGCAUCCCUUUCUACGUGGCUGCCCCCAGCUCCUCGUGUGACCUCCAUCUGGAGUCGGGCAGGGAGAUCGUCAUUGAGGAGCGCCCGGGGCAGGAGCUGACUGAUGUCAAUGGGGUCAGGAUUGCAGCCCCCGGCAUUGGGGUUUGGAAUCCUGCCUUCGAUGUCACCCCCCACGAGCUCAUCACCGGUGGCAUCAUCACAGAGCUGGGGGUCUUCGCUCCUGAGGAGCUCCAGGCGGCCCUAAGUACCACUGUCUCCUGAGGAGUAGGGAGAGCACACAGGGCCUUUGCAUGACUCUUAAGAGCACUGUAACUGGAUCCAGCCUGCCCAAGUUCAAAACCCGCCUCAGCCGCUUUCUCUACAGUGUGAUCAUGGCCAGGUCACUUCACCUCUCCGUGCCUUGGUAUUCGCAUUUAUAAAAUGGGGAUAGUGCUGCACCGCCCUCUUAGGUUGCUUCAGGGCCAGAACUAGGGCAGUGCGUGGGGUACGGAAUUUUAAAGGGGACACUAAAAAGCCCAGUAAUCAAGAUAAGUAAUAGCUUCGUGAAAUAUUUUUUAUUUUAUUUUUUCUAGAGAAGAAGAGUGAAAGCACAAGUGGGGGUGGGGACAGAGAGAGGGGGAGAGAAGCAGAAUCCAUGGUCAGCAUGGGGGUCUAGAUCUCAGACCCUGAGAUCAUGACCUGAGCUGAAAUCGAGAGUUGUAUCCUUAACCAACUAGCCACUCAGGUACCUCCGAUUCUAUUUUUU